AGUUCAGCGUUCGAUUCAUUUCACCUCAGUUGUAAGACGCAUCGCCUCAUCCUCAAACGAUAUCAUCUCAAGGAUAUUCUCAUUUAUAAACACAAUAACAUUAACUAUGGCUGAUACUGCAGUAGAUACAACUACCACCACAGAGAUAACCGCUAAGGACCUAAAGGAAAAAAAAGAGGUGACGGAAGAAGUUGAGGUGGAGAAAGAGAACGGCAGUGGCGAUGCACCUGCCAAUGGCAAUGGAACAACAAAUGGUGCCUCACAUGAGGAAGAGCAUGAAGAAGAAGACAAGAAAGAGCAUGAAGAAGGAGACAAGAAAGCUGCAGAAGCAGAGGGGGAGGAGAAGAACAACGGUGCAGAUGAGGAGGUUGAUGGACAAGCAGUGAAACGUCCUGCUGAGGAAGAGGAGAAGGUUGAAACAAAGAAACAAAAAACAGAAGAAAAGGAGGAAUCCACAGAAGCUGAAGUGAAAGCCUAAACACAACACUGCAGCUCUGUUCCAUAGCUGCGUGGUCAACUUGACCUAGUAGAGUUUGUGCUUUUAUGUAUAUUUUACCCAUUUUCUUUUUGACCCGGAAUAUAUUCUAUUGCACUGGAGUCCCAUAACAUCAUGGCCCACUUUCCCUUUCUUUUUUUUAAUGAAAUGUUAUUUAUUGGUUCAGAGUCACAUUUGUAGAUCUCUCUUUAACAAAGAAAAAAAGAAAAAGUAUUUUGUACGUAUUAGUUCAAAGCACAAUUUCUACGUCAUGUUCCAACCAGCUGAUUCUGAUUCAGACAAGCAUCUGCACCCUCUCUCACAAGGUUCUAACAUUUUCAUGAGUGACCUCUCUGAUUCACUGAAGACCAAAGAUAAGUUUUAAGCAGGGGGCUAAUACAUGCUUCUUAAAUCCCUUUUGUUUGUGCUGCUAAUCCCUCGCUUGGCUGAUCUGUGUGUACAGCAGAUGGCACUUACCAAUGAAGGGGUCUCAUGGAGCCCAAUCAAAAAAUGAAAAUGACUGCUAGCCUCCCCCUUGGGGGGGAUGGCAUGUAUUGUGCGUAUCAGCCCCUCUUAAACCUUAAUGUUUUGGUCGUUUUUGUUCUCCGUUUUGGUAAGAUUCUGCCUUUGAAAUCCAAUGUGUACAGUUUUGUCUCGGGUUACUUUCCUACUGCAUUUAUUAACUGAGAGUUCAGGAGAAGUAAGUCUACAGUUGUCUUAAAGCGAACACGUCAGGUCUGGUGCUCUCAGUCUAUUUUCAAACAGUUAUAUGGAUUGUGUUUUGGUUGCUUCAACCACUGCUUUGUAUAUUCUGGUUCUGGAUUAUAAAUAAAUCAGUCUUUUUAA